UCGGGAAUGCACUCCGAUUUUACUUAACGGGUCUUGGUUACUGUUGUAGGCUCUACGGCGUUGGGAUUUGCACGGGUAAUGGAAGUUUGGGCGGGACUCAGGUAAACCCAGGAAACAGAAAUGGACUCAGUGACAUUUGAGGAUGUGGCUGUGAACUUCAGUCUGGAGGAGUGGGCUUUACUGGAUUCUUUGCAGAAGAAACUCUAUAGAGAUGUGAUGCAGGAAACCUUCAGGAACCUGGCCUCCAUAGGGAAAAAAAGGGAAGAUCAUGACAUUGAAGAUCCGUACAAAAACCAGGAGAGAAAAUGUAGGAGUCAAAUGGUAGAGAGACUCUGCAAAGGGAGGAAGGGUAGCCAGUGUGGACAAAACUUCAGCCUUAUUCCAAGUCUCAGUCUGCAGAAAACUCUUCCUGCAGGAAAACCCUGGGAAUACAGUGUGUGUGGGCAAGUCUUCAGGCAUCAGUCAUCCCAUAAUGGGGACAUCACACGUCACAGGCCGUCUGGGUAUCAGAAAUAUGAAGAGAAGCCAUGUAAAUGUACUGUAUGUGGGAAAGUUUUCACUUACACUCAGUUUUUUGAAAAACAUGAGAGAUAUCACAGUGGAGAAGAAUCACAUAAAUGUGAGGAAUGUGGAAAAGCCUUCAUGUGGCUCAAAAGCCCUGAAAGACACAUUAUCACACACACUGCAGAUGCUCCUUAUAGAUGUAAGGUGUGUGCGAAAACUUUUAGUUCUUCAACUUCUCUUCAAACAUGUGAGAGAGCCCACACUGGAGAGAAGCCCUAUCAGUGUAAACUCUGUGGGAAAGUCUUCCGAUAUUAUAAAAGUUUUCAAAGACAUGAAAGAAAUCAUCCGGGAGAGAAACCCUAUAAAUGUAAAAAAUGUAGUAAAACAUUCAGGUAUCCCAGUCAUCUUCAAAUACAUGAAAGAACUCACACCGAAGAGAAACCCUAUGAAUGUAAAGAGUGUGGAAAGGCCUUCAGGUCAUAUAGUUCCUUACAACCCCAUGAAAUGACUCACACAGGAGAGAAACCCUAUGAAUGUAAGGAAUGUGGGAAAGCCUUCAGAUAUUACAGUUCCUUACAAAUACAUGAAAGGUCUCACACUGGAGAGAAACCAUAUGAGUGUAAAAAAUGUAAUAAAUCAUUCAGUGCUCCCAGUUGUCUUCGAAAACAUGAAAGAAUUCACAAUGCGGAGAAACCUUAUGAAUGUAAGGAAUGUGGAAAAGCUUUCAGAUUUUACAGUUCCUUACAAACACAUGAAAGGACUCACACAGGAGAGAAACCCUAUGAAUGUAAGCAGUGUGGAAAGGCCUUGAGAUACUAUAGUUCCUUACAAAUACAUGAAAGGAUACACACAGGAGAGAAACCCUAUGAAUGUAAGGAAUGUGGAAAUGCAUUCAGAUGCAACAGUUUCUUAAAAAUACAUAAAAAAUCUCACACUGGAGAGAAACCCUAUGAAUGUGAAAAAUGUAGUAAGGUAUUCAGCACACCUAGUAAUCUUCGAAUACAUGAAAGAACCCACACUGCAGAAAAACCCUAUAAAUGUAAGGAGUGUGGGAAAGCCUUCAGAUAUUAUCGUUCCUUACAAACACAUGAAAGGACUCACACAGGAGAGAAACCCUAUGAAUGUAAACACUGUGGUAAAGCCUUCAUUUGUCGCACCACCAUUCAAAGACACAUGAAAAUGCACACUGGAAAUACACCUUAUCAAUGCAAGGAAUGUGGGAAAGCAUUCACUUGCCUUAGUUUAUAUCAAAGACAUGAAAGAACUCACACUGGAGAGAAACCCUAUGAAUGUAAACAGUGUGGAAAAGCCUACAGAGAUCACAGUUCCUUACAAAGACACGAAAGGACUCAUACUGGAGAAAAACCCUAUGAAUGUAAGGAAUGUGGAAAAGCCUUCAUUUGUAACAAAAUUUUUCGAAUACACAUGAUGAGAGUGCAUACUACAGAAAAACCAUAUAAAUGUGGAGAAUGUGGGAAAGACUUCAGUCAUCCCUAUUCCUUCCGAAGGCAUGAAAGGACUCACUGGAUAAAACCUCUUGAAUGCAAAUAGUGGGGAGACUUUAGUUAGCCCACAUCCUUACUUGUAAAACCACUGAAAAUAAAU